UUCUGGGACGGAGGAAAUGUCAAACCCAACCAACCAUAUUGUCUCCUCUAAUCCUCUUAGUUCUCUUUGGCUUGAGCAAAAUGGGACUCCUUCCAUGUCCGUUUCCUUGCACCACUGAGAAAGAAUCUCAGUCCCACUCUAACAGCCUCCGCUCAUUAGAAUCAUCUGCCUCCGCCUCCUCCCUCUCUUCUCAAAUAAGUCUACCAUCUGUCCCUUCCCUUAUUCCACCAUCUUCUCAACAGCAUGAUCAUCAAAUCUCCGUCGUCUACCACCAAUGCCUGGCCACACUCGGUGGCCACUCUUCUUACGUAUUCUCCCUCACUCUGGCCGGGAACCUCCUCUAUAGUGGCUCUUCAAACAGCGAGAUGCGAGCCUGGAGGCGAGACCCUUCAAAUUCUGUACAUCCAGACUCAACUGAUAAAAUAGUAGCUACCAGUAUUGGAGCCUUUAAGUCGCUAGUUAUUGUAGGAGAUAGGCUCUUCAGCGCUCACCAGGAUUGCAAGAUCCGUGUAUGGAAAAUUAACAACAAUAACGACGAUAUGCACCAAAAGUAUAAUUGCAUAGCCACUCUCCCCACAUUGAACGAUCGUUUCUUGAGGUUCUUUUCAGGAAAGAACUAUGUACAAGUGAGGAGACACAAGAAAUGCACAUGGGUUCACCAUGUUGACACCGUAACAGCGCUAGCAAUUUCAAGGGAUGGCUCUCUUCUCUUUUCUGCUUCUUGGGACCGGACGUUCAAGGUGUGGCGAACCUCAGAUUUUAGAUGUUUAGAGUCAGUUUCUAAUGCGCAUGAUGACGCCAUCAAUGCCAUGAUAUUGUCAAAUGAUGGAUUUGUUUAUACGGGUUCGGCUGACAAGAAAAUUAAGUCAUGGAACAAACAGGCAGGAAAGAAGAAGUAUUCCCUGGUGGCAACAAUGGAGAGGCACAACUCAGCAGUUAAUGCUUUAGCUCUUAGUACAGAUGGGUCUGUGCUGUAUUCUGGAGCUUGUGAUCGAUCUAUUCUUGUUUGGGCAAAAGAUGCAAAUAAUAGCAGCGGUGGUGGACAUAUGGUGGCGGCAGGUGCGCUUAGAGGGCACACCAAGGCAAUUUUGUGCUUGGCAGUUGUGUCAGAUUUGGUAUGCAGUGGAUCAGCUGAUAAAACAGUUAGGAUUUGGAGGAGAGGGGUAGAGAAGAAUUAUUAUUGUUUGGCAGUUUUUGAAGGACAUAGAGGACCAGUUAAGUGCUUGACUGCAGCUAUUGACCAAAGUGAUAAUAAUGGUAGAGGUAGUGUUCCUGAUUCAGCUGGUACCUCUUAUCUUGUUUACAGUGGUAGUUUGGAUUGUGAUAUUAGAAUUUGGCAUAUAUACUUGGGUUCCAAUUCUUCGAUUUCAUAGAAAUUUAUUUCUUUCUUUACGAUUAAAAUGGUAAUCUUGUACAUAACAAUGAACAAAUUUGCUGUUACAUUUAAUUACUUUGUAUUCGAUUAUAAUUAAUAUGUGUUAGCAUUAACAUUUUCACUAAAUAAGAAAAUAGUGUUCUCAGA